UUGAUGAGUUUGUGCUUUGCUCCCUGAUCCCCUGUCAGCUGAGAGGAGUUACCAGUGGGGCUUGAGAAAAGACCACAGAGUGCUCUCGGCUACCUGAUGACUGGCUGGAGUGCAGGAGUGUUCACACUCUGUUGAGAGAAGUGGAUGUAUCUGUUCCAAAGAGAGGAGCAACAGCUGAUGUCUUGGCCUCUGCGUUAUCAGAUGAGAAAAUAGAAGACAGCUGGUCGAUGUCAGUGGGUUUACGCAGUCGGACUUUCCCAAGCCUAUCGACACCUAACAUCAAUGAGGCCUCAAGUAAGGAUGUCGCUGCUUCACUGCACAGGAAUGUCCUGUCAUGGGGUGUGUGGCGGGGGAAAGAGAAGAAGGAGAGUGUGUCUCUUAGGGCAAUAACACACUCUGCCUCCUCUCAGACUGCAGAUAGUGGAUCUUACAGUGGAGUUUCCAACCUGUUCAGGGCUGCAAGCGUCCCAGAUGUGGUCGGAAGGAGUCCAAAGUCAGCAUUUACUUCCAUCACCAUCGCAGUUCAGAGGACUUUGCCAUCACUUUCAACCCCACAGGACCCUGCGUAUCCAUCCACUCCAGCACAGCCCGUGAUCAUACCAACUCCACAAAAACUACUAAAAACUUUUCGAGGAAGAGCGUCAUUCAUACCCACGAACACAACGAGAGUCUCAAACUGUCAACCAGAUGUGUGCAGACAAAAUCCUACCGUCGUGAUGCCAAAUGAGUUCGGACAGGCCUACUCGCCAGCUGAUGGAUUGGCAGUGAGCGAUCACGGAAAGAGGAAAGCACAACUUGUACAAAGCAGCUGCACAGAGGGCGACAGGAAGCAGGACGAGAUAGGUGGCUCAUUAACGAAUCUGUCCUUGCAGCCUUCCUACCGGUCUUGUAUCCAUCUCGAGGUGCCACUGAGGUCCACUAGCUCUGUCGUGUUUUUGGACAAGUCACUUUUCAUUUCCCUUGUGGAACUCGAGGGAAGAAGAACGGGUCAACCCACUUUGCACAGGUCCACCUUGUCUGUUCGCCUCGGUGUCUCAUCCUGCCGCAGAUCCUCUACAGAUAACAAACCAGCACAAAUAAAUGAGGGUUACGGGAGAGCCAGAGCGGCCAUGUUGGGCCGAAACAAACGCAACGGCCGAAAGAGUGGAGCGGGUCACUGCAGAAGCCCUCUAUCACAGCACAGGGGUUACAAGAUCGAGCAAACAGCACCCGCUCAUGGUGUUAACAGCAAGGCUGAGGAUUCAGACACGCAGCGCCACAGCACUACUUUGGGAUUAUUGUCAUUCAGAGGGCCAAGCCCCUCAAACACAAAGGCUGGCAGGCAGAAGGGGAAUGCAGAUGAGGCAGCCUUCCCUAUCCGUAGCAAUUUCAGGCACAGGCAGCACACUUCCAAUGUUGGCCCAGCGGACUCCAGAACUUGGAGCAAGCAAGCAAGGAUUGACGAGACAGAGGAAGGACAACAGCACGACUGUUCCUCGGAGCCUCAAGAAGGAUCCGAUAAGACCCAGUGUUCCCGACCGAAGGCUGAUUCUCUGGAAGGCACAGCCAAGAACCUCAGCCUCAAAGAGGCUUUGGAGCUCUUCAGGCCAGACUUCAUCAGCCGAUCUCAGGGUCGGGUGAGGAGGUUGGAGCAGAGGGCUAGGAGGAGGAGAUCGCUGCAGGAAUCCAAUCCAGACCUGGUGGUGCGGGGCCUCGGGGAGGAUCGAGGCAAACAAAAGAGGAACUGCACCACACCGGAUCCACUUAGUGAUAACCUUUUCAAGCCUAGAGAGAGGUCUAUAUCAGGCAAAGAGAUGCAGCUGAGGUCCAGACGGAUUUACAACAAGCUGCCGGAGGUGACAAAGAAAAAAGAGGAGGAGAAAAAGAGGGCCGUAUCACAAACCAACAGAUUGCGAGCAGACGUCUUCAAAAAGAGACUUCUGGACCAGAUCCUGCAAAGAUAAAAAUGAGAGACACCAAAGGACAAAUGGGGUGAAUUCAUUGGCCAUUGUGGCUCUUCAAUUUUCUCCAUGUACAGUAUAUUAUGCCUGUGCAUAUGUAUUCAUUUUAUUCAAUUUCUGUUAAAUAUAAUGUUUGCUCAUUGCAUCCUGACUGCUUUACAUUUCAAAGUAAUGCAACAACAGAAAGAAAAAUUGUAUUUUUGCUGACAUUGUAAAGAUUUUGCUGUUAUCGGAGUGACAGGAACAUAUGUUUAGAGUAGUUUUGACACCAGUGUUUGUACAUAUGAUUUAAAGAGGACCUAUUAUGCUUAUUCUCAGGUGCAUACUUGUAUUUUGGG